AUGGCCGAUGCCUACUGCGUCCCAAUACAAUGGGAUAAUAACACGGUGGGCGAGACCAGCAUAUGCUUCCCCAAUAUCGGCUCAAACUGGACAGUCCUCAACGAAGACCAUCUGAUCCAGCCCUACGGCUACCCCGAAGCCUCGUCUUUGUUGAUGGUCCUCGAUGUCGUUUCCACCGCCGCAAUGAUCGGCACACUAGGCUACACCCGAGCCUUGCGGAGUAUCCGAACCGACGGCCCUUGGACAAUACUCUCUAAUGGAUCCGCCCACAUCAAAGCCAUCCAUAUCUCCGCCUGCCUCACCAAUUUCGCCAUGCAAACGCUCAUCGUCGGAAUGAACAGCACACCUAACAACCUAGAGCCCAAGGCUUCCUAG